AUGCAAUACAAACAAACAUUAACUGCUGCUGCACUAGCUUCAACUGCCUUAGCUGCUUACAAACCAAAUGAACCAUGGUCUACUUUAACGCCAACUGCAACUUAUUCAAAUGCUUUAACUGAUUAUACUGGUUCUUUUGGUAUUGCAGUCGUUCCUUUAGCAACAACUGCCUCAUCAGCCGCCAAAGCUAAGAGAGACGCUGUUUCCCAAAUUGGUGAUGGCCAAAUCCAAGCUGCUACUACUACCACUUCUACCGUUGCUCCAAAGAAGAGCACAGCUGCUGCUGUAUCUCAAAUCGGUGAUGGUCAAAUUCAAGCCACUACCAAGACUGAAGCCCCAAAACAAACUGCCGCUGCCGUCUCUCAAAUCGGUGAUGGUCAAAUCCAAGCCACUACCAAGACUGAAGCCCCAAAACAAACUGCCGCUGCCGUCUCUCAAAUCGGUGAUGGUCAAAUCCAAGCCACUACCAAGACUGAAGCCCCAAAACAAACUGCCGCUGCUGUCUCUCAAAUCGGUGAUGGCCAAAUCCAAGCCACUACUAAUACCGUUUUAACAAAAGAAAGUGCUGCUGCAGUUUCCCAAAUUGGCGAUGGUCAAAUUCAAGCUACUACUAAAGCUCAAGCUCCAAAAAGCACAGCUGCUGCUGUAUCUCAAAUAGGUGAUGGUCAAAUCCAAGCUACCACAAGAAAAACCACUACAUUAGACGGUAAAACUUUCACACCAUCGGCUACUGAAGAUGGCUCUAAAACUACAUCCACAACUCCAGCUCAAAAUUCACCAUCUGAUGAAGAUUCCUUCUUCCAAGCUGAAGCCUGUAAGAAUAAUGGUACAUUAUCUAUGACGUUAAAAAAUGGUAUUUUAACUGAUAUUAAAGGUAGAGUUGGUUCUAUUGUAGCUAACAGACAAUUCCAAUUUGAUGGUCCACCACCACAAGCUGGUGCCAUUUAUGCUGCUGGUUGGUCUAUUACCCCAGAAGGUAACUUAGCUAUUGGUUCUAAUGAUGUCUUCUACCAAUGUUUAUCUGGUAAUUUCUACAAUCUAUACGAUGAAAGUCAAGGUAAGCAAUGUCAAAAAGUUUAUUUACAAGCUAUUGAAUUAGUGAACUGUUAA